CCAAUAAUGUCUAAUAACACUGAGUCUAAUAUACCCGUAAAAUUUACUGAAAAUUCAAAUAAUGAGUGGAUUAAUUGGAUUGAGGAAGCCAUUGCAAAAGAUUACUUUAAAUAUUAUGAACUCAAUCAGUUUACUAAUUUUCAAGAAAUUGGGGUUGGAGGGUUUGGGAAAGUUUACCGUGCGAAAUGGAAAAGUUCUCCAUAUUAUUUGGCAUUAAAAUCUUUUUUCAAUUGUAACAACGUCACAAUUAAAGAGAUAGUUAAAGAGCUUAAAAUUCAGCGUGAAGUGGAUUUUCAUGAGAAUAUUAUUCGUUUCUGUGGUAUUGCAACAGAAAAUCAAGUUGAUAAUUCAAAAAAAUAUUUGUUAGUAAUGGAAUAUGCAAAUGGAGGUACUCUUCGAGAAUAUUUGAAGAAACAUUUUGAUAAUCUUACUUGGAAUAAUAAAUCUAAUAUGGCAUUUCAGUUGGCUUGUGCUAUAUUAUGCUUACACGACGAAGGAAUUAUUCACCGUGAUCUGCAUUCCAAAAAUGUAUUAGUUCAUCAAAAUAUAGUUAAAUUAGCUGAUUUUGGUCUAUCAAAAAGAAUUGAAGAAUCAUCCAACCUUUCUUCAACGAAAUUAUUUGGAAUGGUUCCUUAUAUUGACCCAAAAAGUUUUAGUAAUCAAGAUUAUAAAUUGAAUAAAAAAAGUGAUAUUUAUAGUAUUGGAAUACUUUUAUGGGAGAUAUCUAGUGGAAAUCCUCCUUUUGAUACUGAAGGUAAACCGAAUGACGUUUGUUUAGCAAUUAAUAUAUCACAAGGCCUUAGAGAGACACCCAUUCCUGAUACGCCCGAAGAUUAUGUAAAUAUUUAUGCUGAUUGUUGGAAUAAUGAACCAGAUAAUCGUCCAACUAUCAAUCAGGUGGUCUUUAAAUUAAAUGCAAUUAUUCUGAAGAAUAAUAAUAUGAUUAUAGACGAUAUUCGGACAAAUGACUCUUGUACAAACCAAUUAUCAAGUAAACAACAACUCGAUUUGAAUGCUUUUGAAGAUCCUAUAAAUACUUCAUCAC